AUGAACAAGUAUUGCAGGUAUCAUCUCAAUAGAAAUCAUACUAUCGAUGAGUGCGCCACUCUUCGAGAAAAGGUUGUCUAUGCUAAAACAGACAUAACUGCUGGGUCAAAAGGCAUUACUGCAUUCAUUAUUGAGAAGGGAAUGUCUGGAUUCAGUACUGCCCAGAAAUUGGACAAACUUGGGAUGCGAGGAAGUGAUACAUGUGAGCUUGUCUUUGAGAAUUGCUUUGUUCCAGAAGAAAAUGUUCUUGGAAAAGAGGGAAAAGUGUAUACUAUUAAAACUCCUGACGGUGGCUGCUUGGCUGUUUUCCUGAGAACGGGUUUUGAAACAAGUCAAGGAAAGUUGAUGCGAACAAUCUUAUUCUCUACAGAAAGGGUCACUGCCAAUAGCUGGGAAAGUGGAUUGUUCAUUUUAUUCUUGGUUGUAUUUGCUCUUAUUGCUGUUGGUUAUGUGCUUGUUAAGGGGCUGGAAGAUCCCACAAGGAGCAAGUAUAAACUAAUACUAAGUUGUUCACUUAUUGUUACUUUUGUGAUACCUCCUGAGUUACCAAUGGAAUUAUCGAUAGCUGUUGAUACUUCUCUUAUUGCCCUGGCACGGCGUGGGAUUUUUUGCACAGAGCCUUUUCGGAUACCAUUUGCUGGAAAGGUUGAUAUAUGUUGUUUUGACAAGACAUGCAGGGACAAUUACAUCUGAUGAUAUGGAAUUUUCUGGAGUUGUUGGGUUGAAUGGAACUACAGAUUUGGAGUCUGUGAAGUUUGCUUUUAUUACAAAACACAAUCAAGGAAAACCACCUUAUUAUGGGCUAUCUUGUAGAAGUGCAUCUGAUCAUGGGCUGAUGAAAAUUGAUAGAAGGGGAAUGAUUACAGAGUUUGUAGGUAAACCAAAUGAAGUAGACGUGAACGCAAUGGUACAUUAGCUCUACCUUAACUCUCACAUUUUUGACCCAGUUAUUCAAUGAAAUAUGAAGUGUUCAAAGCUAAUUCACUGUCACCUUUGA